CCGCGCCGACCGCCCCGUGGCGGAGGGGCCCGCGGGGCCGCCAGCGGAGCGCAGCCGCCUCCCGGUGGGGCCGGUGGGGCCUCAGGCUCCGGUGGUUCGGGCGGUAUGGUUGGCGGCAAGAUGGAGCCCGAGAACAAGUACCUGCCCGAGCUGAUGGCCGAGAAGGACAGCCUGGACCCGUCCUUCACGCACGCCAUGCAGCUCCUCAGCGCAGAAAUUGAAAAAAUUCAGAAGGGUGAGACAACAAAAAAGGAUGAAGAAGAAAACUACCUGGAUUUAUUUUCCCACAAGAAUAUGAAACUGAAGGAACGAGUUCUGAUCCCUGUCAAGCAGUACCCCAAGUUCAACUUCGUUGGGAAGAUUUUGGGACCCCAAGGCAACACCAUUAAGAGACUUCAGGAAGAAACUGGUGCUAAAAUCUCUGUACUGGGGAAAGGUUCCAUGAGGGACAAAGCCAAGGAGGAGGAGCUGCGCAAGGGCGGCGAUCCCAAGUACGCGCACCUCAACAUGGACCUGCACGUUUUCAUCGAGGUCUUCGGGCCCCCCUGCGAGGCCUACGCCCUCAUGGCCCACGCCAUGGAGGAGGUCAAGAAAUUCCUGGUCCCUGACAUGAUGGAUGAUAUCUGCCAGGAGCAGUUCCUGGAGCUCUCCUAUCUCAACGGGGUCCCGGAGCCCAACCGCGGCCGAGGCGUCCCCGGGAGGGGCCGGGGGGCAGCCCCACCUCCCCCUCCCCCUGUGCCAAGGGGCCGCGGGGUCGGGCCGCCCCCUCCUCCUCCUCCCCCGCGGGGGGCGCUGGUGCGGGGGGCCGCGGUGCGCGGGGCCAUGGCGCGGGGGGCCGCGCUGGCCCGGGGGGUGCCCCCUCCCCCGGCCGUGCGGGGCGCCCCUGCCCCCCGGGCGCGGGCAGCUGGCAUCCAGAGGAUACCCCUGCCCCCGCCGCCCGUGCCGGAGAGCUACGAGGAAUACGGCUACGACGACACGUACGCAGAGCAGAGCUACGAGGGCUACGAGGGCUACUACAGCCAGGGCCAAGGGGAGACAGAGUAUUAUGAUUAUGGACAUGGGGAGGCACAGGAAACCUAUGAAGCUUAUGGCCAAGAUGACUGGAAUGGAACCCGGCCCUCCCUGAAGGCCCCCUCAGCCCGGCCAGUCAAGGGGGGCUACAGAGAGCACCCCUACGGCCGCUACUAACCCCAAAAAUGGGGCAAAAAUCCCAAUUUAGGAGCAAACACUUGUUACUGGUUCUUGUAUCUCCCGGGAUUCCCGUUGCUUUACCCACAGCAGACAAGUAAUUGUCUCCCUGUUUUUCUUCCUGGCCCUUUUUUUCCUUCCCACUCCAUCCUCACCUUGCAUUUUGGCUUCUGUAUGUAGUGAUUUCUUGAGAUAAAUUUAAAUAGAUUUAGAGGGGGAAAAACUUUUUAAUUUUUAUUAUUUUUAUUUUUUUUUUCCUUCGGUGUGUAGAUGGCUUUUCUUUCUUUGUCGUUUUAGGUAAAAAAAAAAAAAAACCAACUAAAAAGCAAGUUAAAAAAAAUGUUAGUUUCCAAAAGUGACAUGCUUUGCUUAGUUCUGAAAUUAAGGUUUUGUUAAAACUUUUAAAGUUUGUUUUAAAGGAACCCAUAAAGGUUGUAGUUGCAGAAUCCCAAAGUAGGCUACAUUUCAAAAUUCAGGGUUAUUUUUUAAGAAUUAAAAUCUUAAUGUAACAGUAGUGGCUGCCACCAUUUAAAAAAAGCAAAAACAAAAAAAUAACUUCAGAUGCCAAACCUUUAAAAGGACAUUGCUGGUGAAUCUUGAAGUUUAAAUUUUAACCCAAAGGAUCCUCCAAACAAAUUAAAUAGCGUUUUUUAAAGAGAAUUGACUUAAAAGGAAAAAUUAGGUUGGUAAAAAAAUUGACUUUUCUUAUGUGGAUUUUGAAAUCUAGCCCCCCGUGCAGUGUUGAGAUAUGCUUGGGAAUAUUUUUCCUGUGGAAAGGGGUUUUAGUUGAACUCUAAAUGAGCAAAUUUUAGGGGAAAAAAACCAAAACAUGGCUCUAAUUGCCCAGUGUUUGAUAGAAAGAAUAUUCCAUGGGUAGGCCUGUAAAAUUCUGAUUUUUUGUAGCCCUUUGGGGCAGAAAAUCUGAUGAAAACUUCAACCUCACCCCAAAAAAAAUCUCAAUUUCAAGCAGUCCCAGCCACUUGUUCAAGUGUAUCUCAGCACGAGCUUUGCAUAAAAAGGGACACUGCAGCUGUAAAAAAAAAAACAAACCAAAAUUUAAAAAAAAAACCAGACAAAAAACAAUCCCAAAUUUCACUUUGUACAUAAGAUAAAGUCCUAAUUGGAUUUGUUACACUGUCCUCCCACUCUGUUCUGGAAGAGAAAAAUGCUACAUUUUGUGUAAAGUCUGCCUAACUAGGUAGCUCAAAACGUGUCAAAAUGUCUGUCUCAAUCUGUCAAUAAAGUUUAGUCCUUUUUUAAUCAAA